UAAGGUUGCACGCACUGGUUCCUCAAACGACAGUCACGUGAGGAUUAGGCACUGUACUUCUGAAUGCGUCAAAAUUGCUUGGGGAUACUGUCAGAAGACUAUCAGAAUGUAACUAACUGAAUGUUUAUAUGGGUCGAUGCAAGUAAACACUAGACAUACUCAAUAUCUGUAUUAGCACGGUGAUUUAUUUGAAAGAAUCAUGAGGCUGUUCAACUUUCUACUGAAAGAUGUAACAUCGAAAAUAGAAUAUUAUUCAAGGUUCUCUCCCUCACCGAUGUCGAUCAAACAGUUUUUGGACUUUGGUAUGGAGAAUGCCUGUGAAAAGACUUCCUACAUGUUCCUGCGUAAGGAGCUCGCGGUGCGGGGGGCCAACACCAUGAGGGAAAUCAACCUGUUACCCAGCGACCUGCGCAUGCAGCCGUCCAUCAGUAGGGUUCACAGCUGGUACAUCCAGAGCUUCGAAGAGCUGCUGGAGUUUGAGAACCGGGCUCCAGAAGAUAGCCGCACCUUAAUCGAUUUUCUGGAAAGCCUGGUGAAAAUCCGCAACAGGCACAAUGAUGUCGUCCCCACCAUGGCCCAGGGCGUCAUAGAGUACAAGCAGAAGUUUGGUUUCGACCCUUUUAUAAGCAGCAACGUUCAGUACUUCCUGGAUCGCUUUUACACCAACAGGAUAUCGUUCCGCAUGCUCAUAAACCAGCACACACUUCUUUUUGGUGAUGAGAGAACCACCUCCCACCCCAAGCACAUAGGAGGUAUUGAUCCUGCCUGCAAUGUCACUGAGGUGGUUAAAGACGCCUACGAGACAGCCAAGAUGCUCUGUGAGCAGUACUACAUGGUCGCCCCUGAGCUGAAGAUAGAAGAGUACAACGCCAAGGCCCCUUCCAAGGCUAUCCAGGUGGUGUACGUGCCCUCUCACCUGUUCCACAUGCUGUUCGAGCUCUUCAAAAAUUCAAUGCGGGCGACUGUGGAGCACCAUGAGGACAGCAGUGCCGGACUCCCGCCAGUGAAGGCCAUGGUGACCCUGGGAAAGGAAGACCUCUCCAUCAAGAUCAGCGACAAAGGAGGAGGCGUGCCCCGCAGGAAGAUUGACAAGCUCUUUAGCUACAUGUACUCCACGGCGCCCACCCCAAGCCUGGACCCCGGAAGCGGAACUCAGGCUGUACCACUGGCUGGCUUCGGUUACGGUCUCCCCAUUUCUAGACUCUAUGCCCGCUACUUCCAAGGAGAUCUCAACCUCUACUCAUUGCAGGGGGUGGGUACAGACGCAGUCAUCUACCUGAAGGCUCUCUCCAGCGAGUCCUUCGAACGUCUCCCGGUCUUCAACAAGUCAGCGUGGAGACACUACCAGACUGGUCCUGAGGCAGACGACUGGAGCAACCCCAGGAGUGACCCACAUGAUUCGUCCAAGUUCAAGAACAAUUAACUCUGGCCCUCAGGCAGCUCUGCCACCCGAGAAGUCUUCACCAGUCACUUGACAAACAGUUUUGGUUACUGUGAAGUGUUAAAGUGAAGCACCAAACUAAAGCAUAGUACUGACUGACAUAUUAUCUUUACAGAUAACGUUUUGCAGUGAGAAUAACUUCAGGCAUGUAAAGCCGAAACACAGUUCUUACCCAGAUUACCCGGUCCUCUAGCAAUUUUCCAAGAGCUUUUUGAAUGUUCUGCAGCUUUUUUAUCUUUUUUAUCACAUGGCCAGUUCUAUCUGGAUUUUUUAUAAUAUUUAUUUCCUUAUUUAUCAGUGUUAUGAUUGAGUUAACCACGGUAGCAUAUAGUGAUUGGUGACCUCUGUCAGAUAGCAUGACUGUUACUCAGUGGAAUUAGUGAAAGUGAGAAUCAUGUGAGAGUGACGCCACCUGUGGGAAAAUCAUUUGCCCUUUCCUCAGUGCUAGUGAUGACCUAGAGUAACAGCAUAAUGCAAGAUAAGAUUGUCAUUUUAUGGCAGCGUGCAAUGGUUGUUAAAGUCAAACUAAGGAUUUCCCCCCAAAUGUUGCAAGCUCAGAAAGGGGAGUAAGUUGACUAAAUGUUACUCAUGACAUUUGUAGGUAAGUAUCUGGUAGUUGGGGUCUGAUUUUGAGUGGCUUAAAGCUGUGUAAUAUUAGAAAUUGUAAACUGGGUGGUUUGAUCCUGAAAGCUUUGCUAUACUACGGGUGUGACAACAAUAUUGUAAUAUUUUAUGGCUUUUUACUGUCAAUUGGUGACCAGUUUAUCUUAGCAAUGAGGCAUCUUAGGGAUGUUGCAGUAUAUGACCACAGUAACCCAACUUAACUCUUUAACCAGGCACUCUGCAUUGUGUCUUGCCUAAGAACUGAAUUUAACCAUAGCUGUAACACUUACCUAAAGGAUUAUUAGAUUAUUCUACAUGGCAUUGAUUCAACAAGGUGCUGAAAGCAUUCUUUAGAAAUG